AGGCUGUAGCUGUGCGGCCAGCUUCAACAGUGGGACCAGUCCGCCUGAACGGCGCGGAAAACAAGCAGCUGUUCUUCGCGGAUUCAGAAGAAUUCUUUGGGCGCACGUUUCUUUUUUCGCCGUAGGAACCACUAUGAACGCCGCAUUUAUUGUAAUCACGCUUUGCUUCGUUGGAGCAUCGUCGUGGGAUCCCUCUGCAAGUCGUCCGUUCCAUAGUUACAACAUGCAGCGAAAAACGGCACCGAAAAUAGAUUUCACAACAGAAGGAUAUUGCCCCGAAGACUGGGUAGCUUUCGGCGACAGUUGCUAUUGGUUUGCCAACAAGGAAAGCCGGCUAAUGCACUUCCAAGCCAUUCGGCACUGCAAGUCGCUCAACGCGAGCGUCGUGACUGUGCCCACGGAAAAAGAACAAAAGUUCCUGUUGAGCCAUCUUAGCGAUGCAACGACCAACCUAUGGAUUGGUCUCGACCACCUACCAAACAGGACGUGGGCAUGGAUAGAUGGCAACGCUGUUACUUACACCAACUGGAUCAUCGGCCAGCCUCGUCCCAAAGGCGAGGACUGCACCGAAAUACUGACCGGAACGUUGCACCCGGGACGAUGGAAUCAAGUUCGCUGCAAUGCGAAGAGGAUGCACGUCUGUGAAAAAAAACGAGACAGGUCGCUGCCUCCUCGGCCCUCGACAAAGAACAGUUCUCGAUGCGAGCUGGCAUUGCCCGGUUCCUUCGAGUACCGGCAGUCGUGCUACCGCAUGGGUUCGUACCAGGACUGGGACCGCGCCUCGGAGAACUGUGAAGCCCAGGGAGGCCAGUUGGCCGACGUCCGCGAUGUCUUCGAGGAGGCCUUCCUUUCCGUGAAGUUCAGUUUCCAAGGUGGCCUGUUUUGGAUAGGUCUGCAGGACGCAAAGGCCACGGGACUGUUCACGUGGGUGAGCGGCUGGCCGGUGCAGUACACGAACUGGGCUCCUCUGCAGCCCGGUGCUUCGAACGGCGAUCGACGAUGCAUCGCUUCCGACUUCGCCACGGGAAUGUGGAGCGUCCAACCCUGUGACACGCACCUGCCUUUCCUUUGCCAGUUUGACAAUGAGAAGCCGCCCAAGGUGACGCACCACGAUGGCCCAUGUCCCGAACACGCCAGAAACUGGAUCGACGUGGGCAACCCUUACUGCUACUUGCUCCAAGCUGAGCACGUCGUGAAUUUCAACGAAUCCGUCGCCAUCUGCAAUAGCAAAAACUCGACGCUGGCAAGUUUUCACUCUAAGGAAGAAAUUGGAAGGCUCAGUCCGUAUCUUCGCAAGUCUCAGCGCCAGCUGUGGAUUGGACUCGUCAGUGGUCACAAUGAUAGCUACGAAUGGCUGGAUGGUUCUCCGCUGAAUUACGAACACUGGAAGAAUGGCGAACCGAACAGCAUCGACGAAAACUGCGUCGAGAUGCGACAGUUCGAUGCCCUGUGGAACGACGUCCGCUGUGAUGUGAAAAACGGCUUUCUAUGCGCUGUGGAGAAAGAACCUCAAGAGGACAGAAACGAAGGUGCCGCGGCAAGUCACUCCGGCACGAAGGCCAGCGCGGGAGUGUACGUGGCCGUGGGCCUGGGUGCUCUGCUCGUGCUCGUGGCGGCUGCAUUCGCCAUUCAACAGGUGGUGAAGUACUCCCAGUUGAGGCGCCAGAACGGAGGACCGUUCUCCUUCGAGAACCACGUGUACAUCGACCCGCCCGUUCAAGAUUUAAACGCUUCGCUGUCAUGAACACCUUCACCAAUCGUGUGCCGGGUAGCAGCAACAAAGCCUCAAGAACCAACACAGUAAAAGGCACAUGAACGCUCUUAAAUCGCGGCUUCCAGCUUCAGGCCUGCAUCAUUAAUCCAGCCGUGCCUGUGUAAAGCGAACGCUUCAAGCUUAAUUGGGGUUAGCGAAUGUGCUGUACCCCGGUAAGCAGUGACAGUGAUGGCCGCACUUUGCGGGACAUUAGGACUCAGUGGGCCACGUGGACGGGUUAUCAUUUCUCACUCACCGUACGAUGGAAACUUAUUUUGUGUGUCAUAUUCAGAGCUUCGUCAGUCGAUGUUUAGAUGGAGAUACGAAGCCUUUAAUAGGUGAAAAAAAUUUACCUGUCAAUUUGUUAUAGGUACUAUCACUUCACCAAAGCAUGAAAAAAAAGGAAGCAAAAGGUACUUGUUUUUUUCUGCUUCUGAAGAGAGCGCAAAUUAGUGAAUUAUUUCAAAUUCAAUAUUUUGAAAAAUAGCGAAAGGAUGGCGAUAAAAAAUACUUGAUCUCAGAACGGUCGUUUUCGAUUUCUGUGUGCGUGUGUAUCUCUCAUCAGGGUAACACAUAUUUGAGCCUAUUUUCGUCAAUUCCUCCAUGAAAGUGUUACGCUCAACUGGCUCGUUCACAGGUUCAUGAGAAACCGAUAUUUUCAAUUGUGUUGCACCCGUCGUCCGCAGACUGCAUUGUAAACAAGGUUUCGAUCACGCGACAUCUUUAAAGCUUGGUUAAAGGUCCGAAUCGCGCUCCUUCCUAAAGAUUGUCCAUGGUUAAUAAAACUUUCGCUUAAUACUUUUUGAA